UCCGCUGUGGCGCAAGCGCGGCGGCCCGGGAGAGCGGCGCGGCCGGCGGCGGAAUGGUCCUACAGAGCGUGGCCCGCAUCGUGAAGGUGCAGCUCCCGGCCUACCUCAAGCAGCUCCCCCUGCCGGAAAGCAUCUCGGGCUUCGCCCGGCUCACAGUUUCAGAAUGGCUUCGGUUAUUGCCUUUUCUUGGUGUACUCGCCCUUCUUGGCUACCUUGCAGUCCGUCCAUUCCUCCUGAAGAAAAAACAACAGAAGGAUAGCUUGAUUAAUCUCAAAAUACAAAAGGAAAAUCCCAAGGUGGUGAAUGAAAUAAACAUUGAAGAUUUGUGUCUUACCAAAGCAGCUUAUUGCAGGUGUUGGCGUUCUAAGACGUUUCCUGCCUGUGAUGGGUCCCAUAAUAAACAUAAUGAGUUGACAGGAGAUAAUGUGGGUCCACUCAUACUGAAGAAGAAAGAAGUAUGACAGGAAUCAUUUAGGAUUGGCUCAAUUGUGUGCUGUAUAAUUUUACAACAAUGUUUUCUCAUGUUUUGUGUACAGAAACAUUUUAAUGGUGGUCUUAAUUAUCCAUAGUUGAAUAAUUAUUUCUGCCAAUUGUCUUCUUGCUACGCUAUUGCUUAUAUUUGAUACUUGUACAGUCAGGCAUUUGUAUAGAAAUUAAAGUCAGCCUCAUUCUAACUUCAAGGAGUUAAUGUAUCUUCCAGCAGUAAAAUAGUUAUUAUUUCUUUGACUAUUAAUAUUUCAAAAGAAUGUAUACUUUAAAAUCUCCCCUGUGCUGUAAAAUAUAUUUUGCCUAUUGGUUUUAGUUUGGUUAUUUGAAGUAGUACCACUAUCACCCUUUGGCCAUCCAUGGGACUCUACCUUUUUUUGUGAAUUAUGAAAAAUGUUGUUAUCAGGAAUUACUUGAGCUUACAAAAGUAAACUUACUUUACAAAGAUUGUUGUCUCAUUAAUAUGAAUAUCCCAAGUUAAGGAAGGAAGUAAACUGGACAUAAGAAGUUCCAAUGAGGAAGUUAUUUGCAUGGUAAAUGAUUUGUUUACUUUUCUAAAUGCAUGUCACAUGUGUUUGUGUGUGUGUAUGUGUGUUGAGCUGUUUAACUCAUUUACAACUGAGCUGGCAAGAACACUGUCAGCUAAACUUAUAGGCUGCUGCAGUUGAAGGUCAGUUAGAAAUAAAAAUAAGUCAUAUUUAAAUCUAGAUAAGACAGCAGAAAGAGCAAUGAUGAGAAUUGUGUUAUAUCUCUGUAAUAGUAACAGUUUUUGAAAGUUUUCAAAAUACAUUUACUGGAAAAUUUGAAACAUUUGUGAUUUUUAGCAUACAAUUAGAAGUCUCUUUAGGUAUGUUUUACAUUGCAAUUCUCUUGUAAUAGGUAUACUUAAGUCUAUUAAAGGUACAAUUCAUUCA